AAGCAGGUCACAAAUAGAAAAGAGGGUCUCAUUUUUCCUUUGGGAUUGUAGAGACAGGUUGAAAUCCCGCCCACCUUAAAACAUAGACACUUUGGAUCUAACCACAGUCCUCACUCCUGUGUCUAAUGGCAGACAAUGACACGAAGGACCCUCCUCCACCAUACUAUUCUGUGGCAGGGGACCCACAGACGCCUCCUAUGAGCUAUGAGGAGGUGAUUAAUCAGGACAAAUAUGGGGGCACACAGAAACCUGUGCCGUACUAUAUUGAAAAAGAUCCAGCACAAGUACAAGUAGAAGCCGUUAUCAUUGCACAGCAUGUCGUUGCUUCUCCAAAAAGGCCCGAGUCUUGUGGACGGAGUGCCAGGUGCUGGGGUGGAUGGGUGGGUGUGCUGUUGCUGUUGGUUCUCAUUGGACUGUCCAUCUGGCUUGGAGUGCAUUAUGGAUCCAAGUCGUAUUCUGGCCAUUAUGAGAGUGGCUGCAAGGGAAAAGACUGUGGGGACUGCAAGGGAGAAGACUGCAGGGAACAUGACAAUGACAAUGACUGCAGAGGAAAAGAUUGCAAGGAGGAAGGGCACCACGGGACGCAUGAUGGCGUGAGGGUGCCUGACACCUGCUCCAACUCCUCCAUACUUUGUGACGGCAUCCAAAACUGCCAACAGGGCGCCGAUGAGAUGAACUGCGUGAGAUUUGCUGAAGGUGGUGUGCUGCAGGUCAGAACUGCUCAGGAUGGUCGAUUCCUUCCAGUGUGUUAUCAGGGAUUGGAUCAGACUUACGCUGACCAGAUCUGUGAACAACUGGGCUUUAGAAGGUCUUAUGCAUCAAAUCCAGUGGAUAGUACAUCAUCUGUAUCCCUUACUGUAGGACCUAGGUCAGCGAAACUAAUACAGGGUCUGGUCAAUGUCAGUUCUGGCUGUCAGAAUGAGAAAGCAGUCUCCCUUGAAUGCACAGACUGUGGCAAGCAGCAGACUGCCUCCAGGAUCAUAGGGGGCAGCGCCUCUAAGCUUGGCCAGUGGCCUUGGCAGGUCAGCCUGCAUUACAGUGGAAGCCAUGUUUGUGGUGGAUCACUUGUCUCUCCGGACUUUGUGGUGUCAGCUGCUCAUUGCUUCCAAGGCUCAAUGGCGAAUUCUGCAAAUUGGCGUGUUUAUGCUGGGACUAUUUCCCAGAGUGCCCUUCGGACCACCUACCUUGUGAAGAAGGUUAUAGUGAAUGAGAACUACAAUGAUAAAAACAAUGAUUAUGAUGUCGCCUUGCUGAAACUCAGCAGUCCUGUUACCUUCUCCAGCACCAUGCAGCCAGUUUGCUUUCCUACAUUUGACCAGACCUUUUCUGAUGGAUCCGAGUGCUGGACAACUGGCUUUGGGACGACACAAGAGGGAGCAGACCGUGGCUCUUCAAGCCUCAUGGAUGUGACAGUGAAUAUCAUCAAUACGCGUCUGUGUAACAGCAGUCAGGUGUACCGUGGGGCCAUCACCAAGAAUAUGUUAUGUGCCGGAGAUAUGAACGGGGGCCGGGACUCCUGUCAGGGGGACAGUGGAGGUCCACUGGUGUGUAAGGGGGCUAAUGACCGCUGGUAUCUGGCCGGAAUUACGAGUUGGGGAGCGGGAUGUGGACAAAAACAAAAACCAGGUGUAUAUAGCAGAGUGACCAGCCUUCUGCCCUGGAUCUACAGCAAGAUGCAGCAAGAGAAGCCCUGAUGUCUCUCUUCUGUACGAUGUGUCCAUCACGACAGUGGACACGACAAAAGAUGAAGGACAGAGUAUUGCACUUUGACAUGGGACGAUGUUGCAAUAUUGUAGCCACAAUUGGACAAAGAAAAACAGACUUUAUUAAUCCUACAUUCUCCAGUUAGAAGAUAAUAAAACAACUCUGGGAAAGCAGAGCUGCUGGCAUUGAGGACCGUGUGGUCCCCUUCUGUCGCUGUGCUUUCCUCAUUCUUUUCUUUAUUUAUUCUGUAUGUUCAGGGUACGCUGCUGAAUCUGAGCCUUUGUAGCCUCUUUACCUUGGUAUCGUUGCACUGAUUCUAAAAGACAUUGGGAGUAUUCUGAAAAUAUGUAUUUUAUAACCAAAGGGGUGUUCAUUUAUUAUUUUAUAUAUAUUUUUUUGUAAAUCAGUAUCUAUGAACUACAAUAAAAUGUGCUUGUAUUAUUUUAGCCUGCUGUAUGUGAAGGGUUCAUCCUUUUCUAUCUCUGAUUUAUACUAUUUCUUUAUAAAUCAUGUCAAAAAUGGACACAGCUUUAGUUUUAUUCUCCCAAUGCAACAAAUUAAUGUAGGGGAGAAUAACACAUUACAAUUUCCAGUUGAAAAGUGUGAGGUAAGAUAUAAAUAGAUAAACACAAUAUCUGACAACUAUUUUACAAUAAAAAUGUUACACAACCAAGAGUAACAUCUAGUGAUGCUAACUACGCUACUUUUGUCGCAUUUUGCCAUUUUGAAUUAAAAUUCCAGUGAUUAAUGCAAUUGAAUGUGACUUGAAAAAUAAAUUGGACUGAGCCAUUUUUAUUUUAAGCACAAGAAUAAAAGUAAAUAUGUCCACAUUGUGAAUGGAUUUAAUAAACUCUUGAAACAUUCAA